AUGCAGUGUUCCGUUGAGUCCAAUUCUCUUUGUCUCCAGCAAAACUCAUGUGAAUCCUCGCAUCUGCAUUCAUCAAACCAAGAACUUGUUCCAUCGAAUGCUGCUGACGCUGCUAUCACAGGCCUUGCCACUUCUGCUGCGCCGGAGUCUGAGACUGAGGCCGAAGCUGGUUUGCAUUAUCAACUAAAUGCGGUCCGUGAGACCAGAAUUAGGAUGUUUCAUCUUCAUCAGCGUUUGACAGAUUUCUAUGCAGAUAAAACUAAUGGAUGCUUGGACUGCCAAGUUCAAUAA